AUGAAACAAACUCAUGUUCAAAAACAUCACAAACUUACGUUCAACAAACACAAAAACUUAAGUUCAAACACGACACAAACAAGUUCAACCAAAACAGAAAGUCAAGUUUUACAAUUGCCACAACCUCAAGUUCAACAAAUUCCACACCCUCAACUUAAAAAAAACCACAAACUCAAGUUCAAAAACACCACAAACUCAAAUUCAAACACAACACAAACUCAAGUUCAACAAAAACCACAAACUCAAGUUCAAACACGAAACUCAAGUUCAAAAACACCACCAACUCAAGUUCAACAAAAACCACAAACUCAAGUUCAACAAACAAUCAAAAUCAAGUUCAAACACAACACAAACUCAAGUGCAAACACGACACAAACUCAAGUUCAAACACGAAACUCAAGUUCAAAAACACCACCAACUAAAGUUCAAAAAGACCACAAACUGAAGUUCAACAAAGACACAAAAUCAAGUUCAAAAACACCAUUAACUCAAGUGCAAACACGACACAAACUCAAGUUCAAACACGAAACUCAAGUUCAAAAACACCACCAACUAAAGUUAAAAAAAAACCACAAACUCAAGUUCAACAAAGACACAAAAUCAAGUUCAAAAACACCAUUAACUCAUGUGCAAACACGACACAAACUCAAGUUCAACAAACACCACAAACUCAAGUUCAAACAUGAAACACACUCAGGUUCAAACAUGACACAAACUAUAGUUCAACCAACAACCAAAUCUCAAGUUUUACAAUUGCCACAACGUCAAGUUUAA